CAAACGUUUGUGAGAGAGAGAGAGAGAGUGAGAGUGUGGGAGAGAGAGUGCAACAAUAGCAGCCACUAUGCCGGAAUCAUUUCCGAUGAACGGUGGAGAUGGCACCUACAGCUACAGUAAGAACUCACAAUAUCAGAGAGAAGCUUCAAACACUGCAAAGGAAAUGAUCAUGGAGACAAUUGUUGACAAGCUUGACUUAAAAAGUCUGACUGUUACUUCAAAAGCAAUUCGUAUUGCAGACUUGGGAUGUUCAGUUGGACCAAAUACCUUCAUUGUCGUGGAAAAUGUAAUAGGAGUUGUGGAACAGAAGUACUCUUCCAAAGGCCUAUCUUCCGAAAAGCUUGAAUUCCAAGUGUUUUUCAAUGAUCAUGUUUCCAAUGAUUUCAACACCCUGUUUGCCUCCCUACCUCCUGAUAGGCAAUACUUUGCCACCGGAGUGCCAGGUUCUUUCUAUGAACGAUUAUUCCCCACGUCCUCCCUCCAUUUUGUGCACUCUGCUUAUGCACUACAGUGGCUCUCGAAGUUGCCCGAAAAGUUGCUAGACAAAAACUCUCCUACAUGGAACAAGGGAAGGAUUCACUACAUUGGUGCCUCAGAUGAAGUAAUGAGUGCUUAUGCAGCUCAAUUUGAAAAGGAUAUGGAGAUCUUUCUGAAUGCUAGAGCUAAAGAGAUUAUUGAUGGAGGAAUGAUGGUAAUCAUCAUGCCAGGUCUCCCAGAUGAUAUUCACCAUUCUGAGCUCCCAGCUGGCAUCUUAUUUAAUUUCCUUGGAUCUAGCCUCAUGGACAUGGUGAACGCGGGUAUUAUUAGUGAAUCUCAAGUGGACUUGUUCAACUUGCCUAUUUAUGCUGCCACCCCCAAAGAGAUGACAAGGCUGGUAGAGAAAAAUGGGUGUUUUAGCAUUGAGAAAUUGGAGUUAACAGAACCUAGGUCGAAGAUGGAAACCGCAUUUAAUGUGCCAGCUUUGAUAAUGCACCUAAGAGCCGGCAUGGAAGAAGUCUUUGCCCAACACUUUGGACGUGAAAUUAUUCACGAACUAUUUGAAAGGACUUCUCAGAAGCAUGAAGCGAUUUCCCACCAGCUAGAGUCAAGCUACAUGAAAGGCACCCAGUUAUUUGUUGUUUUGAAGCGAAAAUGAUGUGAGAUGGAGAAUGAUUUGCUUGUGUGGUGUUUUUAAGGGUCCAGUUUUCGAUUUCAAACAUAUAUGAAAUGUCUCCUACUGAUGGGAAAAAUGAUGAAACAUUGCAAAAUAUACAAGUUUAAACUCAAAGACCAAUGGAUCAUGCCAGGUGACCAGGGUCGCUCAAGACAAUUUGAAGUUUAAAGCGAUACUUCU